AUGCUUGAGGUGGGGUGAGAUUUGUCUGGGAGUUGGUCUUGGUUCGCUACCACCGGCCUGUGGGGCUCAUAGCCAGAUCGCGAGAUCGGUGAAGUAGUAUGAAUUGAAGAGCUGACUAAAUUACCACUCCUCCCCCGAGUCCCCGAAACAGACCUGGACUGGUCCCUCACCUUGGGUGUGCUCUAGCGGGAGGAGGGACGGAAGGACAGGAAGGAGGGUUACUACUCUGCCUUAGUUGCUCAUGGGACUGGGCAACUUGACCGUCUUCUGUGGUACCCCCGUUUCCCAGCCGCAACCUGCGGAGCUGGGCGUGGAGCGUCCUUUCUGGCAGAGCCGGGACUUUGCUCUAAGGUCUAGCCACCCGAGUUAGGAGGGGCGGGGCCUGCUCACAGCCCUCCUGGAAAUCCAGUACCUGGGUUUUCCGUGGGUUCUGGAACCGGGGCUGCCAAAGCGACUCUCUUCUCGGCAUCCAAACUCACUUGGUCAGAACCCUUGGAUGAGCCCGUGGGACCCUUCUUCCUAGCCCUGUGGUCUGGAGCCAGAGGCUUUGGGACUGUGAGAGGAUGGACAAAGAUUCUCAGGGGCUGCUAGAUUCAUCCCUGAUGGCGUCAGGCACUGCCAGCCGCUCAGAGGAUGAGGAGUCACUGGCAGGGCAGAAGCGAGCUUCCUCUCAGGCCCUGGGUACUAUUCCUAAACGGAGAAGCUCCUCCAGGUUCAUCAAAAGGAAGAAGUUCGAUGAUGAACUGGUCGAGAGCAGUCUGGCCAAGUCCUCUACCCGGGUGAAGGGGGCCGGGGCCGUGGAGUCCGGCCGAUGCUCAGGGAGCGAGCCCUCCUCUAGUGAGAAGAAGAAGGUAGCCAAGGCUCCCAGUACUCCUGUAGCACCCAGCCCUGCCCCAACCCCUGGGCUUACCAAGCGUAUGAAGAAAAGCAAACAGCCACUUCAGGUGACCAAGGAUCUGGGCCGAUGGAAGCCUUCAGACGACCUCCUCCUCAUCAAUGCUGUGCUGCAGACUAAUGACCUGACAUCCGUCCACCUGGGUGUGAAGUUCAGCUGCCGCUUCACCCUUCGGGAAGUUCAGGAGCGCUGGUACGCCCUGCUCUACGACCCUGUCAUCUCCAAGCUGGCUUGCCAAGCCAUGAGACAGUUACACCCAGAAGCCAUUGCAGCCAUUCAGAGCAAGGCCCUGUUCAGCAAGGCUGAGGAGCAGCUGCUGAGCAAAGUAGGCUCGACCAGCCAGCCCACCUUGGAAACCUUCCAGGACUUGCUGCACAGACACCCUGAUGCCUUCUACCUGGCCCGGACUGCCAAGGCUCUGCAGGCCCACUGGCAGCUCAUGAAACAGUAUUACCUACUGGAGGAUCAGACAGUGCAGCCACUGCCUAAGGGGGACCAAGUGCUAAACUUCUCAGAUGCAGAGGACCUGAUUGACGACAGUAAGCUCAAGGACAUGAGAGAUGAAGUCCUGGAACAUGAGCUGACAGUGGCUGACCGGCGCCAGAAACGAGAGAUCCGGCAGCUGGAACAGGAGCUGCAUAAGUGGCAGGUGCUCGUGGACAGCAUCACAGGCAUGAGCUCUCCAGACUUCGACAACCAGACCCUGGCCGUGUUGCGAGGCCGUAUGGUGCGGUACCUAAUGCGCUCUCGUGAGAUAACCCUGGGCAGAGCAACCAAGGACAACCAGAUUGACGUGGACUUGUCUCUAGAAGGUCCAGCCUGGAAGAUCUCCCGAAAGCAAGGUGUCAUCAAGCUGAAAAACAAUGGUGACUUCUUCAUUGCUAAUGAGGGCCGGCGGCCCAUCUAUAUCGAUGGGCGCCCUGUGCUGUGUGGCUCCAAGUGGCGCCUUAGCAACAACUCUGUGGUGGAGAUCGCCAGCCUGCGGUUCGUCUUCCUCAUCAACCAGGACCUCACUGCCCUCAUCCGGGCUGAGGCCGCCAAGAUCACACCACAGUGAGGCGGUGUCAGAAACCAGGCCGUGCUCUGGCCUCAGUUUCCCCUGUCAUUCCAGCUCCCUUGAGCUGGGAACUCAGGCUCCUGGAAAACCCUUGUGCCCAGAGUGGGUAAUGGAGGCCCCACUGCUGGCCAUUGACUGAGCCUUUGCGGCAAGGUGGGGGUCACCAUGGGGAAGCCAGGAGAGGCUGGGACCCCUGUGCCUCCCCAGAGCCAGAGCCCCACCAUUGCCACGUGACUCCUGUGUCUCCCGUGGAUGAGCCCCACCAUUGCCACGUGACUCCUGUGUCUCCCGUGGAUCAGCUUUAGACCCCUCCCCCUUUUUGUUUUUUGUAAAUAAAAGUACUGAGUUCCAAAGUA